AUGCCAGAAACAGUCCGCACGGCUUUCGCAGACGAACCCCGUCCCCUCCUCUCCUACGGUAUCCCCUUUCCCUCCGCCGCUGCCCGCCAUGUCCCCGGUCUCUUUAAUGCCUCGCGCGUCUACGUCAUCUGCUCAGGGUCAUUGGCCCGCAACACGGACUCUCUAGAGAAAUUGAAGAGUUCCCUAGGCGAGGAUAAGAUUGUUGGGGUGCGGAUUGGAAUGAAGAGCCAUACGCUGUGGUCAGAAGUAUUCGAGAUCGUGCAAGAUGCGAAACAAGUUGGGGCAGAUCUACUGCUCACCUUGGGCGCGGGGAGUUUGACGGACGGUGCUAAGAUUGUCGCAUUGGCCCUCGCAAACAACAUCCAACAAGCUUCCGACCUGCUCAAUCUAACUGCAACCAGCCCUAACAAAGGCUCCAUCCGCCCACCCACAGUCCCCAUAGUCUCAAUCCCAACCUCCCUCUCCGCAGGCGAAUAUUCCAACUUCGCCGGCGGCACCGAUGACACUACUCCCGGCAGCAACAGAAAACACUCCUUUAGUUACCCAACACAAGGCCCGCAGCUGAUUAUCCUCGACCCAGAACUUACAUCUACAACGCCGGACUCUAUCUGGUUGAGUACGGGUGUUCGUGCUGUGGAUCAUUGUGUUGAGACGCUGUGCGCUUUGCGUGGUGGUAAUGGGACGGAUACGUUGGAUGCGAUGGCGAGGCAUGCGCUUGGCUUGUUGGUUCCGGGAUUGGUGAAUUGUAAACGGGAUGUGAAGGACCUCGAGGCAAGACUACAAUGUCAGCUUGGAUCUGUGGAUGCCAUGGCUGCUUGUGCGAGCGGAAGGAUUCAGUUGGGUGCUAGUCAUGGAAUUGGACACCAGCUUGGACCGUUGGGUGUUGGACACGGUGAAACGAGCUGCAUCCUUUUACCGGCUGUGUGUAAAUUCAACGCUGCACAUAACGCCAAUAACGACCGCCAGGACCUUGUGCGGCAGUUUCUUCUCCACGAUGACAUCGUCAAAAAUGUGCUGAGCCGUCGUGGUGUUGAUGGGGACAAGGUUGAUCUGGGCGAUGUGUUGGAUAUUAUCAUUCGGGAACUGGGACUGCCUCGGAGUUUGAAGGAUGUCGGGGUUGGACGGGAGCAUUUGGAUGGAUUGGCGGAGAACAGUCUACAUGACCGGUGGUGUGUAUCGAACCCGGUGCCGUUGAAGGAGAAAGGGCAGGUGUUGGAGAUUUUAGAGAAAGUUGUGUAG